GCAAUUAAACGGUAAAUAAGAAGAAAAGAAGUGACGCAAUCUGAUGUUCCAUCAACUCAACAGUCAGUCGAUGUGUGUGCGGUUCAGAAACAUAUACAGAGAAACAGAGCAGAUUAAUAAUAAACUCUCCAUCAAUAUGAAGAAGCAUUAUUUAUCGUUGUUACUCUUAUUACUCGUGGAGGGUGUGUUUAGUGAAGUGAAGAUAUCAGUGAUGGAGGAAGAAUCUGUCACUCUACAGAUUGAUGUUACUGAAAUACAGGGAGCUGAGACGCUGCUGUGGACGUUUAAUGAUUCAAAUAAAUUCAUAGCAAAGAUUGACAGAGAAACUAAUAAUGAGAUCACAAUACCUGGGAAUGAUGAUGGAAGAUUCAAUAACAGACUGCAGGUGGAUAAGAGUGGAUCUCUCACCAUCACAAACAUCAGAACCGCAGACUCUGGACUUUAUAAACUAGAGAUCAGGAGCAGUCGUGGGAGCUCAUACAAGAGUUUCAGUGUUACUGUCUAUAGUGAGUCUGGUGUUGAGACAGUGUCUGUAAUGGAGGGAGAUUCUGUCACUCUACACACUGAUCUUACUGAAAUACUGAGAGAUGAGCUGCUACUGUGGAAGUUUGAUAACACUCGAAUCGCUAAUAUCAACAGAGAGGAAAAUCAGUUCUCAGUAUAUGAUGGUACUGAUGGGAAAUUCAGAGGUAAACUAGAGUUAGACAGUCGGACUGGAUCUCUCAAAAUCAGAGACAUCAGAACUGAACACUCUGGACUUUAUGAACUACAGAUCAGCAGCAUCAGAGCAACCAAACACAAGAGAUUCAUUGUUAUUGUCACUGCGGAUCGGUCUUCAGCUGCAGGUCUGUCUUCAGGUGCUGUAGCAGGAAUAUGUGUUGCUGCUUUUAUUGGUGUUCAGUUGCUCGAUUUACUAUCGCCACAGCAUCUGUAAAAACAAAAUAAAACAACAAAAAAAAAUAUGGUAGAGGUUUAGGUGGUUAUGAGGACACACAAGUCCGUCUGAAUGGAGGUUCCUAAACAGCAACAGUAUUUAAUCAGUGUAACAAUAUAAACAUGAGCUGUGUUUGAAAUUAACACUUUAGCACUACUGAGCUGAGAAACUUAACAAGAAUGAACAGGUUCAAUUGAUUUGGAAUAAAUUAGAAAAGUUUGUGCUUUCAUUCAUUAUAAAGCUGAUGUAAAACUGCUCAUUGUUAAUUACAAACAUAAUUAAUGCUAACUAAAUAUAUAAGGGAUAGAUUUCAUAAAUAUCGGCCAGUGUCUAUUCCCGUGUAAUGUGAAGUGCUCGAAUCUCUUUUUAUAGAUUCCAUUUUUAUAUGUUCAGUCAUUCUUUUACAUUUGUUAUUGUUUUGUACUUUGUGCCACAUUUUUGUCCUGUAUUAUUUUAUUAAGUUUUUUAUAUAGUUCUUAAAAUACAGUAUAUCAUGCUUCAUAUAUUUGUAAGCUUCGUGCUUGCCACUUGAAAAAAGCUAACUUUACAUUUUUGCAGAUGACCAUGAUUCCAUUUUUAUACUUUUAGUCAUUGUUAUGUUUUUAUUUGUGGUUAUUUUCUACAUUGUGCCUCAUUUUUAUACUGUGUGAUUUUAUUCUCUCUUUUUUUAUUUUUCUAUAUUUGUUAGCAUAUAUUGUGCUUUAUAUAUUUUUCAGCCUCAUACGUGCCUGCUGAACAAGAAACUGUUGCAAAUAUGUGAGCGUAUUUUCUGUUUUGUUAAGUAAAUCUGCCAGUUUGAUCCGAUCAGCAUGUGAAUCUGACGUUUUAAAGUGUCUUGAAAACCAUUUCAGGUCAGUUCUCACCACAGUUUUGAAAAGCUAAAAUUAAUGUGCAGCUGUCCUGUCAUCUGUUAAAAUGUUAGUAUUUCAUGAACUUUUAAAUGUAAGCUGAUAUCAGAGUGACUGAUACUGUGAUAUUGUGUACAGUACAGAUAUCUUACUAUCAUUCUGAUAUUUAAUACUGUAUACGUGAGGAUUCUAUGGAUUUACAGUCUCUUCAAUGGCAAGAACAGUAUAAAGCUCUUAGAUCACAUCUGAUUUUCCACAACUCAUGUUCUCUAGAGUUCUUUGUAUAAUGAAUGUUCUUGGAAUGUUCUUUUUUUCAAUGUUUUGUCCGCGGAACGAUACAAAAACCCACUGAAGAGACUACAUCUAUCUCUCACAGCCUAGUUGUCAUUCCCAUUUAAAAUUAAAGAUGAUGCCAACAUGAAUAAGGUCUAUGAAGACAUUCAGGUUCAACUAUAAUAUGAAGGAAUAUCAUCAGGUUUCAAGGCUGGGGAUGUUGUGUUUUACAUUUUAUAAAUGCAUACAAUAUUCAUUCAAUAAAGAUAAUUUA